AUGCGUUCACUUGUAAAACCACAAAUUCUUUCACAGUCGCCAACAAGUUUCAUUAAACAUCUUCGUUCACUUGGUAUCAACGCUUUUCAUGCAACAUUUAACUCUAAAACUGGAAAAAUUGAGGCCUCACAUCCUGAGGUUAAAGCUAUUGGAGA